CUGGGUCUUGUGUUAGACAUCAGAAAGUAAAACCACAGCACGGCUUAUGUGCUAAAUCUACGGGAAGAUGGAACAGAACUUUGCUGAUUUGUUAACGGAUGCAUUUUCAGACACAUCCCUCCCAUCUUUCCCUGAAGGAGGGUUCGACUUUGAGCCUCUUGAUUUUGACGAAGCCAAGACAGAAAUGUCCUCUGGAAGAUUACCAGUGCUGAGAGAGGAAGAGGAAGAUGUGGAUGAAGGACAGGAAGAGGAAGAGCCUGGUGGAGAAACUGGAACUGUACCUGACCCUAUCUCAGUGAAGACAUAUGAUGUGAGUUUGACUGAAGAGGAUACACAACAUAUUGAUGAUGAGGAGAAGUGGGAGGAGGAGGAAGAGGAGGGCAAGGAGGAAGAAGAAGAGGAGGAGGAGGGCAAGGAGGAGGAAGAGGAGGGCAAGGAGGAGGAAGAGGAGGAGGAGGGCAAGGAAGAGGAGGAGGAAGAGGAGGGCAAGGAAGAGGAGGAGGAAGAUGAAGAGGAGAUCACCUCAGGAGAAGAAGAGGACACAGGAAUAGAGAACAUUGGCUCCCCAGGGGGUAGGUCUGUGGUUGUUCACUGCGACGAAGAGAAUAUAGAAAAUAUCGUAACUACAGGACAACCUUUUGCCCAAGAGGAGAGGGAAAACCCCAACAUCAGAAACAUAGAGCAAGGUACUUACGAGAACAGCGAUGUGAGUUGUUUUGAGGGUGUUACUGAAGAUGUCACCAUGGAGAUCACAGCACAUAUAAGUGAAGGGAUUGAAGAAGAGGAGAGACCGGCAGCUGAAGAAAACCAAGAGAAAUCAUCUGAUUCAGACCUGGAGGUCCUGACAAGCUCUAUCCCUGAAAACCAGAGAGAAGAGGGAAAGAAAGGAGUGAACUUACUCUCCCCACAUUUUCCCCAGGAGAAUGAAGAGGAAGAAGAGCAAGAGGAACCUGGAGCUCCAGAGAUUGUUUCUGAUUGUCCGGAUCCCGCAGCAACACAGAAUCUGCAAUCUAUUAUGGUCAAUACCUUUGUGGAACACCCGCAUGAGGCGAAAAUUAAGGACUUCCUAGGGGAUGACCACCAAGAGGCAGGUGAAAGCUUUGCAGAUUACCCCUCUGACUUCUUUCCAAGUGAAUACGACAAGGAUGGAGGGAAAGGGAGAGAGCGAAACAAAAAUGGGAGCACACUGUCUAGUCCCUCUGAGGGUCAUUUAAAGAUAGACGAGAAUGUCGACCCAGAGAGAGAGAUAACCGAGCAGAAGGAUAGCCAUGUACAGGGAGAGGAAGAUGAAAAGGUUGAUGUGAGACCUGCUAUCUCUCUGAGCGUAGAAGGCAAACAAGAUUUUGCAGAUUGUGCAAUGUGUAAUAUCAAUAUUGACAUUAGCAUGAGCAAGAUUAUUGAAGACAAUCUUGAAGCUGAUAGCUCCAGUGAUAGUUCCAGUGAUAGCUCCACUGAUAGCUCCAGUGAUGGCUCCAGUGAUGAUGAGAAGGAUAAUGAAGAACACCCAGCCCUGCCAAGAUACCAGGGUCUUCCUCAGAGAGACUGCAGAUCUGAUGUUUUACCUCUACCUGACUGGGAGGGUGGAGAGGAGAACAUCUCCAAGCAGAGUGUUGCCGACCUGCAUCUUUCAGACACCAUCUCUGUCCCCACUUUUACCCUUCACAGUGAGGCUGGACUCAGUACAGCAGACGUAACCAGGUGUGACAGGGGUAAGAGGAGUCCAGGCAACAUGUCAUCAUCUGACUCUGAGGAUCAUUUUCCGGGAGAAUUUUGUACAUUGGAGACUGAACUAAGAAAGGACAAAGGGAGACUUGGAUUUGGGGUAAAGAGGAGUAUCUUCGAGAAAUCCCGCCGGAGCUAG